AUGGCAGCCGAGAGAGCUUGCUGGACCGUGUGCUUGGUGACGCUGCUUCUCCACAGCGUUCCCACCGCCACUUCUUUCAUGCUGGGGGUGAACACCAGCACUCGUGAGACCGAAUGGCAAGAACCACCUCUCCGCACGGAGGCUCAACGAUCUGCGUGCGCGGCCUACGCUGGGGAGUACGAAGUCUGGUACCAGGGGGCGCAGGGCAGUACGAAUAUGAUAAUAUAUUGCGACUGCACCGCGACCCAGCCUGGAAUUUUCACGGACAGCCUUCGUUUUACCAGUGUCUCGUCCCAGUGCCUCGGUGCUUCUCAGUUCUAUAUCUUGACGCACGGGUCCAGCAAGUACGAGUGUCUGUACCAGAGCGGCACCACGAUCGCAGGCUAUUAUUUCACAAGCUGGAAUGCAUAUUAUGGGACCGUCGAGUACCGGUUGAUACGCCGCGACUCUAUUUGUAACCCUACGCCGUACCCGACGCCGUACCCGACGCCGAACCCCCCGACGCCGAACCCGACGCCGAGCCCGACGCCGAGCCCGACGCCGUACCCGACGCCGUACCCGACGCCGUACCCGACGCCGAACCCGACGCCGAGCCCUUUCACCGUCGACUGCACUGGGCGCAACUACGCUAAUCAGGUUGCAUAUUGCCAGUCGCAGGGCUUGUCCAUCGCCAGCAUCCACAACGAUGCGGACAACAGCGCGAUCUUGAGCUUGCUCCAAUCUCAGGGGUGCAACGCGUACAUCGGCGCUGAGUCCAACGGAGCCGGCGUCUGGUCGUGGAGGGACGGCACGCCAUGGAACUACGUCGGCCCGUUGAACGAUGGGAUCCAUGGCUACAGUGAGACAAAGAUUGCGUACCUCAGUGACGGCUGGUGGCACGAUUGGGAGACGGGCAGUGCUAUUCACGGUGUGGUUUGCCGGGGCGUCACGCCCAGCCCGACACCCUACCCGACGCCGUACCCGACGCCGUAUCC